AUGGAGGGUAGUGAAGCGGACAGCCUGCUAGGGGAAGGCGGCCUGGGGCAGCUGGGCCAGUUCAGGAGCUACCGGCGGCGGUGGUUUUUGCUGGCCUCUGUAUGCCUGCUGAACUGUUCGAACGCCAUGCUCUGGCUGACCUUUGCUCCUGUUGCUGAUAAGACUGCUGCCUACUUCCACAUUUCCCUGGAGGCGGUCAACUGGCUCUCAAUAGUGUACCUCCUCAUCUCAAUCCCAUUUGGUCUGGUGGCAACAUGGGUUCUUGACAGCGUGGGGCUCAGAUGUGCUGUGAUCCUGAGUGCGUGGCUGAACAUGGCAGGUAGCAUCAUCCGGAUGUUCAGUGUCCUGAAGUUCCUGAGCUUGGGUUCCCACAACUACUUGUACCUGUUUAUUGGGCAAUGCCUUUGUGCACUGGCACAGCCCCUCAUCAUCUUUUCACCAACGAAACUGGCAGCACUGUGGUUCCCAGACCAUCAGAGAGCAACGGCAAAUAUGAUUGCAUCAAUGUCCAAUCCCUUGGGUAUUCUUAUAGCAAACGUGCUGUCACCUGCACUAGUUCCUGAAGGAAAACACAUCCCAUUGAUGUUGGGUGUUUAUGCUGUCCCAGCAGUAACAGCCUGUGCUCUAGCAACUCUGGGGAUUCAUGAGAAGGUUCCACCAACACCUCCUUCAGCCAGUGCCACUAAUUCCACCUCCCAGCCAUUCCUCACGGGGCUCAAAAUGCUCUUGGGAAACAAAUCAUACAUCAUCCUGGCAGUGUGCUUUGGUGGAGGAAUUGGGAUGUUCACCUGCUUCUCAGCCCUGCUAGAACAGAUCCUUUGUGAAAAGGGGUAUUCAAAUGAAUUUGCUGGCCUGAAUGGUGCACUGUUCACAGUGUGUGGCUUGUUGGGUGCUUUCCUGCUAGGCAUUUAUGUCGACCGGACAAGAAAGUUCAUAGAGUCUACCAAGAUUUGUUUCUGUCUGAGUGCACUUGCCAGCAUCAUGUUUGCAGUGGCUUCUCGGUUCAGACAUCAGGAUGUCAUGCUGGCCAUCACCAGCUCGCUCUUUGGUUUCUUUGGGUUUGCCAUCUACCCCAUUGCCAUGGAGCUGGCUGUGGAGUGCUCCUACCCCGUGGGAGAGGGCACAUCUACAGGCCUGAUUUUUGUUGCAAGCCAGAUUGAAGGUGUGAUUUUAAUGAUUCUGCUACAAGCCCUCACUGUGCGUGUUUCUGAAGAUCCAUCCUCCACCUGUGCCCUUGACCAGGAUGGGGCCCUGGACUGGACAACUGCAGUACUGGUGCUGGCUGGUCUUUGCAGCGCUAUGGCUUGUUUCUACGUUGCCUUCUUCCACACUGACUACAAGCGGCUCCGUGCUGAAAGAAACAACAGUGAUUUGGUCAAAGCAGAAGAUACAGCAAAUGUUCCUGAAGCCUAACCGAGCCAAAAGGAGGAUGCCAUAGGCCCAGUAAAGAAAGAACUCAAGCCUGUGGGCAGGGACCAUGACUGCAAAUGCCCAUCUGGCACAUGGGGAUAUCCAGGACCUGCUGUACAAGAAGCAAGGCCUAGAGGAGAGUAACUGAGCACCUUUGCUGUGCCUUCGUCCGUCUUGUAUUUAUUUAUUAGCUCAUGCUGCAAGGCAGGCUAUGCUUCCAGAAAGGGUAGAGUGGGACUGGACAGCUAUGCAGGUAACAGGGAUUUUUAGCUGACUUGAUUCAAGAUAAAGAAAUGUUGCAGAGGAGAGGUGCAGCAUAUUUCAGUCACUUUUUCAUUUUCUUGUACCUGGAUCAGUGUGAAGGUUUCAGAGAAGUGGAAACCAUGGGUAUCACAAACCUGGGGGGAAACUUCUGUUUAAGGGCUGUGGUUCUUGUAUAGCAUAACAACUCUUCCACUGUAAGGCUGGGGCUAAUUAUGCCUCAACUAAUGUGGUAGGAACUAGAGCAUCCUUCCAUUGCAGCAGAAAAGUGUAGGUAUGUGAUCUGAAAUAUGUCUGUCACAAUGAGCUGCUUUGUCCUCUCCUACAAAUAGGAAAAGAAAAGCUUGCUCUGCAGUGCCACCAGUAAGCAGCAGAAGUUAAAUACAGUAGCAUUCCUCACCCUCUGGGUCCCCUGCCAGAUGCUGAGACAUUCAGGAUGAACUUGUUUUACUUGAGCUUCUCUUUUGUUUUUCCACCAGUCCAGCAAUUACAGUGAUUUACAUUUUCCACAAGACA